UCUCUCCCUCUCUCUCUUUAUUUUAACUAUUUGAAUUUUGGCCCAUCGAAAGCUUGGCCUUAUAAAGCAAAACGACAAAAGGAAAAGGUUUUGUUGCCCAAUACGACACAGUGGCAUUUGCGCUGUGAUUGGAUGGCCAAAAUUUAAGGAGUGCAAAAGAGCCGAAGAGGUGUUUGAUAAAAUGCCUAGGUGACCUUGAAAUUUUAAGCUUAUGCCUUUUACUUGAUUUUCUCCGUCUCAUUGCGAAUGGGAAGCAAAGAAGGGCUGUUUAAAGCUGAAUUCCAGAUUUUUAAAGAUUUUCUGACCAGUGUCGCAAAGUUUGAGGAACUUGGGGCUGUUGGAAGUAGAUUACUUGGUGAAUUUCAGCAAGGGCUUGAAUUGCUCCGGCGUCCUCCAAUAAACAGGAAAUCUGAGUUAAUAGAGAACAUCAUCCGAGCCAAUGAGACAGAGAGGUUUAAAUCGUAUAUGGCAGCUGGUUUUAUCACCAGUCAUGAUAGAAUCCAAAAUAUAAGCAAGUUGCAUACGUGCAUACUCGGACUUCAUAACCAUUUAACUAAAGCAAAAAGCAUACUAAAUGAACUUGACAAACUUCUGGAGGAUUCAACUUUUGCAAUUAAAACUGCCAAUGGAAGUUUCUCACCCUUGACGGAUGAAGAUUUAUGUGAAAAAUUCGAUCAACAAGCAGCUAUUAACCAGGAGGAAACUUCUUCAGUAGAUCUUCAGGAACUUCAAAUGACAGAUUAUGCAGCCCUUAUGGGGAGCAUAUACAUUAUGGUAAAGCAAGAUUACAUGAUGCAGGAAAGGAUUGUUACUUCACUAAAUCUCACAUCGUCAUCUGGGGAGAUGGAAAGCUAUUGCCUUAUGUGGUCAUUGCAUCCAUACAUCAAUGAUGAAAUCAUGCAACAGGCGUGGAGGCUUAUCCAUUAGUUAUUAAUGUUUUCUUUUCCGUACUCUAGAUCGUUUCGUGGUGGUUUUUAUGAAGAAAGAUUUCUGAGCUUGCUUGCAGUUCCCUUUUUCAGACUUUCAGGCAUGUGCAGAAGUUUAAAUUUCAUACAACAAAUUGCAGAAAAAAUUGAUUUCCAUUUUCUGUAAAACUUUCCUAAAUUAAACUUUGUUCUAAAAUAUUCUUUUUGCCAA